AUGGCGUCGCCGACCGCAGAAAACAUGCAAAAUGGCAUUUCCACCCCACCAGCGACAGCGAAUGCACCUACACUCAGCCCGCCCACACAACCACAGCCCAACACACAGCUAUCGCAACAAGCCAGCGGGGCGCCCACUAACCCCACGGCCAGCAUGAGCGCUGCCUUUCCGCCUACCUCCCUCCAAGACAAUGGCGUAAGCAAGCGACCCCGCGACGCGCGCCUCAUUCAUCUUAUUCUCGCCAACAUGGGUGUGCACGCCUACACGGAGCGCGUCCCCCUCCAACUUCUCGACUUUGCCUACCGCUACACCUCCUCGAUCCUGUCAGACGCGCUAUCGUACGAGCCGCCUCUCCCCACAACCUCGACGUCCAAGAAGCGGAGCGGCGCAAACGCCGAAUCCGGUGAAGAUGGCAUUUCGCUCAAUGCGCUGCGUACGGCCGUGGGCGCGCGGGCUGCAAGCACGUUCCAGGGUACGCUUGGCAAAGAGUUCAUGAGUGAGGUAGCGCAGGAGCGGAAUCGUAUCGCGCUGCCCCGUGUGGAGAGGGAGUUUGGGAUUAGGCUGCCCCCGGAGAGGUACUGCUUUACCGGGGUGGGAUGGGGUGUCAAAGGUGCGUGGGAGGAAGAGGUGGAUGACGAUGACGAUGUGGAUAUGGAUGAUGAGGUGGGGGUUAGUGGUGCGGGCUUUGGAGGGCCAGUUGGUGCGGUCAAUGGGACUGCAGGUGGGGAGGGUGCGGAUACCACCAUGGGUGGGAUGGAGGAGGAGGAUGAAGACGAUGACGAUGAGUUUGAGGAGGCUAUGGGUAUCAACCAGGAGAACAAUGGCUGA